GUCUCCCUCCCAGUGGCAGCUGGCAGGAUCUCAAGGACCACAUGAGAGAAGCUGGGGAUGUCUGCUAUGCAGAUGCAUUCAAAGAUGGCACAGGUGUGGUUGAGUUUCUUCGCAAAGAGGAUAUGAAAUAUGCUGUAAGAAAGUUGGACGACACUAAGUUCAGAUCCCAUGAGGGUGAAGUUGCAUACAUCCGCGUCAAAGAGGACAACCCUCGCAGUUCUCGCAGCCACAGUGGCAGCCCCAAGAAGUCGAGGGGCAGCCCUCGAUAUUCACCAAUGAGAGAGCGAUCGUACACCCCGUAUUAA